AUGUCUGCCAUACUUUUACGCCCAAGAGCUUUCCAGCCCUCAAAAUUCUCGUGUACCAAUAUCUCAAAGUUCUCGCUUAGAACAAUGGCUUCGACCACUUCCCCUCCAAAAUUCCCCUUCUCUCGCCCUGCUGGCGCCGAGCCUCCCUCCGAGUAUGCUUAUCUCCGCGCCAACGACCCUGUCUCCAAGGUUGAGCUCUGGGAUGGGAGCCAUCCUUGGUUGGUUGUGAAGCAUAAAGACAUAUGCAGCGUCUUGACCGAUGAACGCCUAUCUAAACAGAGACAGAGACCUGGCUUCCCUGAGCUCAAUGCCGGUGGAAAGGAGGCUGCAAAGAAUAAGCCAACUUUCGUGGACAUGGACCCCCCUGAGCACAUGCAACAGAGGAGCAUGGUUGAACCUCUUUUCACCAAAGACCAGAUUAAUAAACUGCGCCCAAGCAUUCAGAAAACGGUCGACUCCCUUCUCGCUGAUAUGAUUAAGGAAGGUGGCCAAAAGCCAGUUGAUAUUGUCGAGAAGUUUGCUCUUCCCGUUGCUUCAUACACCAUUUAUGGCAUUCUUGGAGUUCCCUUCGAAGACCUUGCCUACCUUACCCAGCAUGCAGCCAUCAGAAGCAAUGGAAGCGCCACAGCUACCCAGGCAUCAAAUUCCAACUCAGAACUCCUUUCAUAUAUCGGCGACCUAGUUGAGAAGAGACUCGUUGCGCCGAAGGAUGACUUGAUCAGCAAACUUGUCGUGGAGCAGCUCAAGCCUGGCCAUAUCCAAAAGGCCGAUGCGGUCCAAAUCGCAUUCUUGAUGUUGGUAGCAGGAAACGCCACGAUGGUCAACAUGAUCAAUCUCGGAAUUGUGACACUUUUCCAAAAUCCUGCCCAGCUCAAAGAAGUCAAGGCCGAUCCUUCCUUGGUCCCAGCAUUUGUCGAAGAGCUUUGCCGGUACCACACAGCCUCAGCCAUGGCCACCCGACGUGUUACCAAGGUUGAUAUCACCCUCGGAGGGAAGACCAUCAAGGCUGGCGAAGGCAUUAUCGCCGCCACUCAAUCCGGAAACCGAGACGAGGAUGUCUUCCCAGACCCAGAUACCUUCAACAUUCACCGCAAGCGUGGAUCUGAGCAGGCUCUGGGAUACGGAUAUGGCGCUCAUCAGUGUGUUGCUGAAUGGCUCGCACGUGCUGAGUUAGAAAUUGUCUUCCAAACUAUUUUCAAGACAUUGCCAAACUUGAAGAUCGCAAUUCCUCUUGAAGAGGUUAAAUACUCCCCACCCAACAUGGACGUUGGCAUCGUGGAACUUCCUAUUACUUUCUAG